GGCCGCGCUCUCUCUCGCCCUCGUCCCGAGCCUUGUCUGGCCCUGCCGCCGCCCUCAUCCGCCAUGCCCAACAUCGUGCUCUUCAGCGGCAGCUCCCAUCAGGACCUGUCGCAGCGCGUGGCGGACCGGCUCGGGCUGGAGCUGGGCAAGGUGGUGACCAAGAAGUUCAGCAACCAGGAGACCAGUGUAGAGAUUGGUGAAAGUGUGAGAGGAGAAGAUGUGUAUAUCAUCCAGAGUGGCUGUGGAGAAAUAAAUGACAACUUAAUGGAACUACUCAUCAUGAUCAACGCUUGCAAGAUUGCAUCAUCCUCCAGAGUAACUGCAGUAAUUCCAUGUUUUCCAUACGCCAGGCAAGAUAAGAAAGACAAGAAGGGAGCCGUGGAGCGUUGGAGUCGUGCUCCAAUCUCUGCAAAACUUGUUGCCAACAUGCUGUCAGUUGCGGGGGCUGACCAUAUCAUCACUAUGGACUUACAUGCUUCUCAGAUACAGGGUUUCUUUGACAUUCCAGUAGAUAACCUGUAUGCAGAACCUGCAGUGCUGCAGUGGAUAAAAGAGAAUAUUGUGGAGUGGAGAAACUGCAUCAUAGUCUCACCUGAUGCAGGUGGUGCAAAAAGGGUUACUUCAAUUGCUGACAGACUGAAUGUGGAAUUUGCUCUCAUUCAUAAGGAACGGAAGAAAGCAAGUGAAGUAGACAGAAUGGUCUUGGUUGGUGAUGUGAAAGACAGGGUAGCUAUUCUUGUUGAUGAUAUGGCUGACACAUGUGGCACGAUAUGUCAUGCAGCAGACAAGUUAGUGUCUGCUGGAGCCACUAAAGUUUAUGCUAUUCUUACUCAUGGAAUCUUUUCUGGUCCUGCUAUUUCUCGGAUUAAUAAUGCAGCAUUUGAGGCUGUUGUGGUAACAAAUACAAUCCCUCAAGAAGAGAAGAUGAAACACUGCCCCAAAAUUCAGGUUAUUGACAUUUCUAUGAUCCUGGCUGAGGCAAUUCGAAGAACACACAAUGGUGAAUCUGUAUCUUACCUGUUCAGUCAUGUUCCCCUGUAACUGCAAAAAGCUAUGUUGUAUCUUUGCAAGGGCUGUGUCAACUAGCCCUGUUGACAAUCACAAGAGAUGAAUGUUUGUAGAAGCCCAGAGCUUGUAGGUUAAAUUAUGUGUUUGUCUCCUAAUUACUGUUUGUUCCUUUUAAAUGGGCAAUAAAUCUCCAUCCUGCAGAAACCUUUUAAGAAUUCCCAUGGGAGUUUGGGAUCUUACCUGUUGCCAAGUUCUUUUGUGUGCUUAGGUUCUCUUCCUACUAAAUUGCUGCUUCAGAUCUGUUUUCUGUUCAGAAUUACUAAACAAGUUUAUAGAACUUAAUAGAAUCUAUGCAUAUGAAAUUGUCUGUGUUAAACUAAAUGCUGCACAUCAAGGCAUCUGCAGUCUGUCAGGCAGGCAGCCUUGUGUGUGUGUUCUACUCAACUCCAAAGAAUAUUAUUUUAUAAGCUCUAAUAGAAUUUAAAUCUCAUGUUAAUUUUAAGGAACUG